UCGAAUCAGCCUUAGAACCCAAAUCUUCUCAAUGGGGAGCCAAAUGAAGAAGCAAUGGCAUCAUUUUGCUUGUGCUUUGGCAUUUUUCUUGAUUGCCACUUGCACUAUGGCAUAUUCACUUGAUUCUUAUAAAACACCAAUUCCAUCAUAUAAUCAAGUACCAGUGUCAAAAGACAAUUACGAAGUGCCACAAGUAUCCAAGAACGACUACAAGGUACCUUCAGUGUCUAAACAAGAAUACAAGGCACCAUCUUUGUCAAAGAAUAACCACUACAUGAAACCAUCAGUUCCAAAAUAUAACUACAAGAAGGUGCCAUCUGUUCCGAAAGAUAAUUACUACAAGGCAUCCAUAGUGCCUAAACCGGCAUACAAGGUGCCAUCUUUGCCAAAGAAUGACUAUAAUAAGAAACCAUCUGUUCCAGAAUAUAACUACAAGAAGGUGCCAUCUGUUCCAAAAGAUAACUACUAUAAGGCACCUUCAGUGCCUAAACAAGAAUACAAGGCGCCAUCUUUACCAAAGAAUGAAUACUACAAGAAACCAUUUGUUCCAGAAUAUAACCACAAAAAGAUGCCAUCUCUUCCAAAAGAUAACUAUUACAAGGUACCAUCAGUACCUAAACAGGAAUACAACACUCCAUCUUUGCCAAAGAAUGAUUAUUACAAGAAACCAUCAGUUCCAAAAGAUACCUACAAGAAGGUGCCAUCUCUUCCAAAAGAUAACUAUUAUAAGGCACCCUCGACGCCUAAACAGGAGUACAAGGUGUCAUCUGUACCAAAGAAUGACUACUACAAAAAGCCAUCAGUUCCAAAGAAUAGCUACAAGGUGCCAUCCGUUCCAAAGGAUAACUACUAUAAGGUACCCUCAAUGCCUAAACCAGAGUACAAGAUGCCAUCUUUGCCAAAGAAUGAUUACUACAAGAAACCUUCAGCUUCUCCUCCACCGCCAUACUACUAUAAUUCACCCCCUCCCCCUUCACCGUCACCUCCACCUCCACCUCCACCUCCUUACUCUUAUAAAUCAUCUUCAACUCCUUCUCCAUCACCACCUCCACCAUAUUAUUAAAUUCUCACCUUUCAUGUUCAAACAUGUUUCGAGAAGGCCAUUUUCCAACACAACAAAAUCUUAAGGAUCUUGAGUUGAAUGCUUGAUAUCAAAAUUUGUAUUACUUCAUUAUUUGUAUUUUCUGGUGUUGGUUGCAACUCAUGUUUUUCCAUUUUAUUGCAUGUCUCAUUAUCGAAAUUCUGAGAAGAUUAGUUCAAUUUAAUGCAAAUUCUUUUUGUCGAUAA